CGGUCACCUACCCGUAAUUCUCAACUCCUUUAUAUAAAUACCCCUUAUCAUCUCUUCCGAUCUAGAUUAUCUCUUGCCUGCAUUUCUUCUUCAUAUUUCUUUCAUAGAUUCAGUAUAUCAAUGGAGGCAUUUAGGUUGAGGAUCUUGGUCGCUGUAAUGGUGAUUGCUGUAUCAGCUAUUCAGAGUGUCUCAUCCGCCGUUGAUGCGCCGGCGCCGAGCCCUACAUCAGACGCUACUACAUUCAUUCCGGCGGCUGUGGCUUCUGUAAUCGUGUUAGCAUUCGGAUUCCUCUUCUGAGCUAUAUCAAGAUCUGAUGAUUUAUUAUUAUUAGGAAUAUGAUUUCAUUUAUUUGAAAAUUUUAUUUGUUAAAUCUCUAGUACUGAGUUCAUAGUUUGCUUGCAGAUCUAUCUAUAAUUAUUCUAGGGAGAGAGAUGUUUGAUUAUUUAUAAUUUGUUUCCCAUUUAUUAUUUAUAUU